CGCGACUAACGCACGUCCAAAUCCCGAGCCUCACUUCCUUCCUUCAAGCUCUUGAUUGCCACCGCGAACGCAAGCGCCCGCUCGCGCAGUCCCGAAAACCUCUCUACCGACUCUCCGCAUCCACCGCUCACAAUGCCACAAACCCUCUAUCCCCGCGGCACCGUCAAGAAGAUCGUCAAAGCGCACGCGAACCGCCCACUCUCCAAGAACGCCGACAUUCUUAUAUUCCUGAAAUACGCGCUGUUCAUGCAGGAGGUUCUCAAGGAAGCGGGGAUCGCGUCGAAGCGGUCUGGCGAGCGGGGUGUGAGUGCGAGGAGUGUGAGGAAGGUGAGGGAGGGGUGUUUGAGGAAGUUCAAAGGGUAGAAAGAGAGGUAGGAUGGGGAGGAGGAUGUCGUCGGACCCAAGUCAAUGGGGAAAUGGUUUCGAGGUGCGACAGGGAUUCGGCGUUUGGUCACGGUUAUGAUACCCAUCUGCAGUCUUCACAACAGGUACACGAUUGGAAGCU